ACUGAAUCAACUGAUGAUACUGAUAUCAACAAACUAGCAAGAACUACCAACCAAGCCUUAUUCUCAGUCACAUUCCCUCACCCUGAGGUGUUCAUUGUUGCUAGGAUUGAGAAGGUUCUUCAAGGAGGAAUAUCAACAUGUACCGAACCUUACAUGAAACCAACUGAUAGUCUAAAGAUGGUUGACAAGUUCUCGAAACAGGUUACGAGUGUGAGGGAGAGACUGGGACAGUACAGGAUGCCUUUUGCUUGGGCAGCAAAGCCAUUGUUUCUAUCAGAGGAUGAGGUGAAUGUCCAUUGCACUGACUUGGGACCAAUUUAUAGACAAGAGAGGGAGAAGCUGACUGAUACUGAACUGAUUAAAAUACUGUCAGACUUUAAGAAUAUUGGUAGACAUAAACUUCAGACUAUACCAGGUAGCCUCAAUGUAUCAAUAAUAGGAUCAGCAACACCUGGAGUAAUAUUCACUCCUUCCUAUCUUCCUGUUAAAAGCACUGUACCAAGACAACUGACACCAGAUACACAAUCCAGUCUUGAAGUGAGGGAGUUCCUCUCUUUGGAUUCAUGCGACUCAUUCUCUCAUUGUUCCCCUCACAUCUCACACAUCAACCACUUCUAUGUCUACCCAGUCUCUCUUAAAUAUGACACCCAGAAGAGCUUCCCAAAAGCUCGUAAUAUAGCAGUGACUAUUGAAGUGAGGGAUAAUGACACUGAUCGAUACACAAGACCACUAAAAGUGAUAUACAGUAAAUUAUCCAGUGAUGAGUUGUUAGUAGACAGUGUCACUACUCCAGUUCUGUAUCACUGCACCUACCCAACCUUUUAUGAUGAGGAGGAGAAGGAAAGGAUCAGUGGGCUAUUCUUCCCUCUACUGACAAUAACCCUCAGACACUCAUCAAAGCUGCACAAAGGAAGAGAGGAACCUCCUCCCCUCACCCCAUCCGUCCCUCCUACCCCAGGGACUGCCCCGCCCUUAACUCCGCCCAGUGACCCAGAACCUGCUAACACUGACGAAGGAACUGGUCCUCCUUCACUAUUAAAGAAGUCAUCCCAAGGGAAUAUUAAACUGAACCCUAUUACAGGGGCAGCUCCUGGUAUAGAGGCUAUCAACCCUCUUGAUAUCACUGGUGAUGAUCAGUGUCCUGAUGGAGAGGUAUCUCAACCUUCUUCUCCCUCUCCUCUCUCUCCCUCUCUCUCUCCUGAUCCUAAUGUACCAGCUCCUCCUCCUGUUCCUCCUGUCUCUGUUAAUGCGUGUAGUUUCAAUCGGGAGGAGACCAGGGAUUUAUUGAUCUGCUUUCUAUUUGUCGUUAAACAUUUGAAUGACGAUGUUCUCAAUCAAUGGUGGCAGGAUUGUGUUGACGCUCCUGUUCCUUUAUCAAGGACCUACUCUCUCUCCAAUAGGCUGGAGGACCAGGCCCCAGUGGGAGGGGCUGGGGGUGGAGCUUACAAUGAGAGCAAUGAAAUAUCAGCUUUCUUUGAUAUACUAGAGUCUUGUGCUCAUGUUUUUGAAUAUUCUGGAAGAAUAUCAAUCACUAAGAAAUGGUCGUCUCGUUCAGUUGUAUUAAAGCGACUAGAAGAAAUGUAUACGACUGAUGAAACAUAA